AUGCCCGGCGACGAAGGAGCGGCACCCGCAGCCACGGCCGUAUCUUCAACAGCGGGAGAGCAGUCUGCAGCAUCAGCAGCAGCCACCACCACCACCACCACACCGCCGCCCGACGCCAAGAUCAACGCCAAAGAUGGCCGUUCCUACUGGCAGGGCAUCGAUGCCGACGUGAACGGCAUGCUGGGUGGUUUCCCCUACAUCAGCAAGGUCGACCUGCAGGGCUCGCGCAACUUUCUGGCCAAGCUGGGCAUCGGCACGAAAAGCGGUCUGCGGACGGUGAGCCGCGCUCUGGAAGGCGGGGCCGGCAUCGGCCGCAUCACAGAGGGACUCAUGCUUGAUGUAGCUGAACAAGUCGACAUUGUCGAACCCAUCGCCAAGUUCACCGCCGCUCUUCAGGAGAAGUUGGGCGUCGGUUCUGUCUUCAACAUUGGUCUCGAGGAGUGGAAGCCCCUCGACGGCACCGCUUACGACCUUGUCUGGAACCAAUGGUGCGUCGGCCACCUGACCGACGAGCAGCUCGUUGCCUACCUGCGUCGUUGCAAGGAGGUCAUUGCUCCCACCGACGGCGUGAUCGUCGUCAAGGAGAACCUGAGCACUAGCGGUAUUGACCUGUUCGACGAUGUCGACAGCAGCGUGACAAGGUGA